CUUUUUCAUUCGCAGCUCAGCCUGGCAAACCAUACCAAGAGCAUCAAGAUGUCCCUUCAGACAGCAAAGGGAUCGUCAGCCCGUAAAUCGAAGCACAUGACUGUAAAGACAUCUUUGAGCAACCCGUAUACUCUGCAGUGGAGCCCUGUGGAUGGAGCAGACAUGCACUACAUAUUGGAGGCCUUAGGAGAUGUUAUGAAACAGAUUGGGUUAGAAAAGGUAGAGACUCGGAGAAGGAAGAAACCCUCUUCUGGAAAGAAGCAGGAGAAAGAACAAUGCCAUGGCCAGACCAGCAGACUUCAAGACGAGAAUUGCCCCGGAGAUGGUAAAGCACAUGGGUGGACAAACUUGCAAAUCAGGAACCAACUCGCUAUUGGGAUCAAUGAAGUAACCAGAGCGCUAGAAAAAAACGAGCUGCUUCUGGUGCUUGUGUGCAAGUCUGCCAAGCCUGCUAUGCUAACUUCCCACCUUAUUCUGCUCUGCGCAAGCCGGGCCACUCCAGCCGGCCAGGUUCCACGUCUCAGCGAAAGCCUUGCACCGGUCCUCGGGUUAACGUCUGUCCUAGCCCUGGGAUUUAAAAAGGACACCGACGCUUUCGCAGAGGUAGCCAAGACGAUUAUCCCGCGAAUACCACAUUUGGACGUGCCGUGGAUUCAGCACGGAACGGAACGUUUGCCGGCCACUGAAGAUGCUCACCUGGCGAACUUGCAGGCGGGUGAGUGCGCAGAGUCAGACCCGGAAGAGCACUCUCCCAACCACAAGCGGAAAAGAGCAGAUUGCAGCAGCCUUGCCUCUCCUGGUACAGCCCUGCAAGCACUCAAGGUUAAAAAAAUAGUGCCCAACCCAAACAAGCGAAGGAAGCUUCCCAAAACUAAAAAGCGCAUUUCAAAGUAAUCAAUUAUAUUGGCUUGUUCCCACAUUU